AUCCAUUAAAAAACCAUUAAGCAAGAUAAUAAAAUGAAUGUUAGACGUUGUAGUGUUGUUUUGGCACCGUCGUGUGGUAAAAUGCUGUAUUGCAGCCACCUAACAUUCAUUCAUUUCGGCUUUUUCUGACCUUCACGUUGUCGUAAGAAUGACGGGAAAAAUACAGUACACACUUAUUUUGUAACAAAGCUAUUUAUUCAAACAACUAUCUUAGAAAAAGGUGUCGGUGGCGUUUGUACCGGAUUAAAACAUGGUUUUUGUUUCACUUCAUGCUUCUGCAAUAGUUUAGUAUGGUUCGUGUUCCUUUCCAGGUGAGUAUUUAUUGAUAAACGGAGAGGAAUUUCUAUUAAAAUGGAAAAUCCCAGAUUUACGUCUCACCGUCGCCCUCAUGUGGCGACCUGGUGUGACUACAUCUAGUGGGUCCAAACCCGCGACGUUUUAGCAUUGAACGACUUGAUUUCGGGUAAGCAACAUAAAUUCAAAAGGCUCUGACUGAACAGUGGGUUCGCUCACUUCACAAUCUUGGGUAUUAAAUCAUUUCCCAUCCUUUUAAAAUCUCAUUUGCAUGAAUUUACAUGCUUUGACCAUAUAGUAGUGUAUUCAAGACACGCGUGCUGAUAGCCAGGCAGUCACAACUUGUUCCACUGGCUUAUCUCGACUAUAAAUAAAUGGAUACAUCAUCAUGCGGUAGGUCAUGCAGGAUAAAACCGUCAUCCAAAUCCAAUCCUGCAGUUACUCUAACUGCGUAGUGAUCGAUAGAGUUCACGCUUGCGCAGUAACUCUUCUUUUGCGCACGCAUGCGCGAACGUGGGCACGGUUUCCAUCCUGGUUUAGCACAUCCAUCCAUUGGCUGGACUCGACGACAAGCCGGCAAAGUGCACCUUUGAAACGGGCAAGCCAUGGGCAACCUGCCGCUCACCACAGGGCUGUUCACAAGUGGGGCACCCCCUGUUAAACCAGAUGACAGGUUCACCAGUCGGCCCAUCCGCAGAGGCAUCACUUACUACCAAGUGCGUCAAUCUUCAUCCCAUUCUUCCGCCACCCCUGACCCACUUGCUGACACUCUCCAGCCAUCACAAGUGUCGCCCCGCCCUCUCCUCCUCUUUUUCUCCUGGCUCGGGGCCCACCCGGGGGCAGCGGCCAAGUACUAUGAUGCCUACCUAGCGCGGGGCAUGGACGUGCUGCUGGUACAGAGCAGUGUCAUGCACUUUCUGUGGCCCGGCUGGGGGCUGAAUUACGGGAUGGAGGUGUUGAAGGUCCUGGAGGGGCCCGAGUUUACCGGACGCCCCUUGCUGGUGCACGCUUCGUCCAUCGGGGGCUACACCUUCACGCAAGUGCUAGUGAACGUGGUGAAUUCAUCCGAGCAUUCAGAAGUGUCCCAUCGCGUGGUGGGGCACAUCUACGACAGUUUAGUGGCCGGCACCCUGGAGCACAUGGCGACAGGCCUGGGAAGGACACUAGCGCCGCUCAUGGAACGCGUCAUCAAGAACACGGCCAUGCUUUACUUCUGGCUCUUCAAAGGUAGCACGGCGGAUGUGUACCAGCGCGCCGUCCGGGUGUUCGCCAGCAGCCCCGUCACCGCCCCGGCGCUGUUUUUCUCCAGCCGUGAUGACGCCCUGUGCGACCCCGACGCCCUGGACGCCGUCGUGUCCGGGUGGCGGCGCAGGGGCGUGGCCGUGCGCAGCAGGACAUGGGAGGUGUCCAAACACGCCGCACACAUGCGAUGCCACCCGCAGGAGUACCGAGAAACGCUGGAGGCUUUCUUGGAUUCGCUACCUUUGAGCCCACCUCAUCCUCAAGGCGUCGAUGCUCUCUAAACGUCCCUGCCAUUGUUUUGCAAUUAUCCAACCAGCCAUUUUCUACACUAAUUGUUCUCACUAUAUAUUAUAUAUAUUAUAUUUAGUAUAAAAAUAAAAUGCUUGUUUGUUACUGGACUUGUUGGUAUGAAAAUAGAAAAAUGUGUUGUGAUGUUUUAUAUACAUAAAUCAGUUUUGAAGAAAAUUUCAAUGUUGUAUUGUUUUGAAAUUAGGGCUGUCAAAAUUAUUGCGUUAACGGGCGUGAAUUUUAAAAAACUAAUCACGUUAAAAUAUUUGACGCAAUUAACGCACAUGCCCCGCUCAGAGAUAUUUAAAUGACUACAGUGAAACCCUCACUUGUUGCGUUUUAUGGAGUUUUGCCGCCCUCUGCUGGCGCUUGGGUGCGACUGAUUUUAUAGGUUUCAGCACCCAUGAGCAUGGUGUAAGUAAUUAUUGACAUCAACAAUGGCGGGCUAGUAGUUUAUUUUUUUGUUUGAAAAUUUUACAAAUUUUAUUAAAACGAAAACAUUAAGAGGGGUUUUAAUAUAAAAUUUCUAUAACUUGUACUAACAUUCAUCUUUUAAGAACUACAAGUCUUUCUGUCCAUGGAUCGCUUUAACAGAAUGUUAAUAAUGUUAAGGCCAUCUUGUUGAUUUAUUGUUAUAAUAAACAAAUACAGUCCUUAUGUACCGUAUGUUGAAUGUAUAUAUCCAUCUUGUGUCUUAUCUUUCCAUUCCAACAAUAAUUUACAGAAAAAUAUGGCAUAUUUUAUAGAUGGUUUGAAUUGCGAUUAAUUACGAUUAAUUAAUUUUUAAGCUGUAAUUGACUCGAUUAAAAAUUUUAAUCGUUUGACAGCCCUAAUUAAAUUGAG